AUGUCAACUUCUGGGCUAGCUUCUAAACGAGGUCCGAACGCAUCCAUAUGGCCUAUUCAGCUUUGCGACAAGGGUCCGUCCAUCUCCAACCGUCAGCGAUACAAAUACGUGGCGAUAGAGCAGCUCGACUUCGAACAUGUUUCCUAUUCCAUCGACUUGCAUUUCCUCGCUGACAAGCUUCUGCAGAGGGUUCACCUUCAAAAUCACAUACCCACUCAGCAUCAAAAUCUCUACAACAACACCAGCGCUGGAUCCAAACGCAAACGCUCAUCUUCUCCCGCCAAUGGUGCGCCCAUCUUGCAAGGCAAUACGCCCAAGAGGUUCAAGCAUGAAGAAGGCCAUGCCGAGACCUCUCAUCAAGUGGAGCUGGUCGAGACCUGUUGUCUCUUCAGUGUCAAGGCACGAGAGGCACAUGAUACUGACAUCAUUCUUGCACUCAAGCAGAUGCCUGACCACCCUGAGCACUCUUGCCUCAAUAACCUCGCAUUCACAGUCAUCUCGCAUGCCGAUCACCAGUGCCCAGACGACACCUUGAUUGGAAACUUUAUCCAACUCAGCGAUCCGACAACUGGCGCGUGCAUUGCAACCUUGCCGGUGCUCAAGGGACAGCAAUACAACAACCGCCGUGGAAGGCUCACCAACGGCGAUUGGCUUCUCUCCUUAUCCAGCAUGCUUUUGAGAGGCGCUGUUACCGCCAAGUUCGCUCUCUCGCUGGCUACGCCACCGUUGCAAUACCCCUCUGACCGUAUCACUGCCGGCUCCCUCUUUCUCCGGCUCUCCAUCUCAGUUCGGGUCAACGUUUCAACGUCAACUGCAUCGUCAUCGCCGCUCCCAUGCGACCGCAUCUUAGACAUGGCAACCAUUGUGCGCUUUGCUGAUCGCUUCCCUGAUCCCGACGACUGGGACACGGGCGAAAUCAACGACAGCUUCGUUUUGCACCAUCUGCGACCAGCAACAAUAGACUCAAACGCCCAUGCUCUACAGCCCGCAGAGCUCAACCCCACUCUGCUUCCUUUCCAAAGGCGCUCAACCGCUUUCAUGCUCGGUCGUGAAGGCAUGAUCUUCGACCCAAACGGAAAGCUUGUCCGAAGCAAGUCAGUAGUUGGUCACCAAGGGCAGCAACAUCUUGGUCUUUGGUGGAAGAAGAUUCAAUCUCACCUCUACUACAACUGGACCGAAGCCCGCUUCGUACAGAAUCCUGAGCUAACCCUUCGGUAUGACUUCAAAGGCGCCAUGCUUGCCGAGCAGAUGGGUCUUGGGAAAACCGUCGAGGCUGUCGCACUCAUCUUACUCAACCCUGAUCCUGAUGCCCACUCACGUCCCGCAUGGCAUGACGAGCGCAACGACAUUCAUGUCGUCCCGACCAAGACGACGCUCAUCGUCGCGCCCGAGACGCUGCGAGCUCAAUGGAUCGAAGAGAUCGAAAAGCAUGCCCCGCAUCUAUCCGUCUAUUCCUAUCAAAGCAGGCAAAAGGUCGAGGAACAGGUUCCUGCCCGCCUGACCUGGGAACAAUGGGCCCAAGACUUUGACGUCAUGGUCAUUUCCUACCGUAUCUUAUCUAGAGAGCUCGAUACUGCCAAGAAGCCGCCUGAUCGUUCUCGUCGCCACCAACGCAAGUAUGAACGCCCUCGCAGUCCUCUCGUCAAACUUCACUUCCACCGCGUGCUCAUGGAUGAGGUGCAAAUGGUAGGCCAAUCGAAUGCCGCUGAGAUGGUCUCGAUGAUCUCGCGUGGCUCCUCGGUCGCUGUCUCCGGUACUCCGGUUAAGAAGUUAGAUGACCUUAAAUCAUGCUUUCGCUUCCUUCGUGUCCCUGGCUACCAUGCAACUUCAUCGGAGUGGCAGGCCAUUCUUCAUCCCCUACUUGCUCCUGCACUCGUACGCGUUUUGCGCACCAUUGCUACCCGCCACACCAAAGCUCAAGUCGCCUCCGAGAUGUCAUUGCCGCUACAGACGCGGCGCGUCAUUCCGAUUGACUUUACCUCGAUAGAAGCCGCCUUCUACGCCGAUAUCUGGAAGGAUGCCUUGCAUGAUAUCCGCUACGGCUCAGAAGGCAGCCCGCGAUCCAAUGACCAUCAGAUCGACGUGGCCAAGAUGCGCAAUCAACUUCUACUCCUCCGUCAAGCUUGCACGCAUCCUCAAGUCGCUCUCCAAUUCCGUGGCGGUGUCGUGGGGUCAAGAAAUCUGCGAAGCAUCGACGAGGUGCUCGAGUUGAUGAUCGACUCUACUCGCACCGAGCUGCACAGCACCCGGACGCAUUGGUUCGAUCGUCGCGUCCAUCGCAACAUCCUCUCCCUCUACCGCCGUGACGAAGAUACACGUCUCCUGGUAGCAUCGCAGUUCCGCGAUAUCGAAGACGAGAUCAACAAGAACAUCCUCCGAUUCGAGCAAGAGAUUCGCAAUGCUGCGAUUCUUGGACCGCUCUAUCGCUUCACCAACCUUGAACGGGAAAUGGAGCAGAAGGCUGAAGCACGCACGAAACGCCUAGGCAGCAGCAACGGCAACGACGACGAAGACGGCGACCAGGCCUUGCAAGCGGUUGUUCAAGAUCUUGAAGCCUACCAAGCCCUUCAACAGAAGCGCAAAGUCAGAACCAACCACAUCAUCCAGCUCAAAGCCUUGCUGCGAUCCCUGCUCAUGAAGCUGCACCGCCUUUUACAAUUCGUCGGCAAUACGUACUACCAGCGCGGCGAGUACCUCGAUGAACAGCAAAAGCUGAAAGAGAAACGGAGCGAAGCCAUCAAGGUCGAGAGCGAAAACGAUGUCCGAGUGCGUUCUCUUCCUGCCAGUCAGCCUCCAUCGACGGUCGAUGCUGAGGGAGAACCUGUCUCUCCAGUUACCGAUGACACUGAUAAUAACGAGAACGCCCUAGCCAGACCCGAGCCAGUCUUCAUGAGCCCCGAGCGCCAAUGCCUCAAAGAUCAGGAGGACGUUGCUUACGCCAAGGCUGAGAAGGUUCGACAACGGCUCCUCGCAGAAGCUGGCGACGAGGUGCGAGCAGCCAUCGCUAGGUUGGAGCGGGAUCAAGUCAAAAUCAGCUUGCAGUCGAUCAAGGCGUCCAAGGACCUCUUCGAGUCUGGUGGAGGUAUCCUAAGCACCGAUUGCUACGAAAGACUGUCAGAGAAUGUCGACCUGCUCAACGAGCACGCCCAAGUGCUCUUCCGCUGGAGGGAGAGUAUCAUCGAUCGACUGGUGCGUCCUGUCAAUCGCGACGUCAGCCUUGAACGUGACGAUGACGACCAGUAUCAAGAGAACCUCGACACGCAGGCAGAAGCCGAGGUUCUGCUUGAAAUGUAUCGUCCGCUCUUGGCAGAGCGUGAAAAAAUCUUGAAAGGCGCCGUGGCUGUCGGAGCCACUGACCGUCCGCGACUGUUCAAAGAGCUGGAGCAAGCAGUGCGGGCUGCAAGGCAGGAUAGACUCAAAGGCAUCGCGCCCGAGACAGAGGCUGAUGAGGAGCUCUUGCGAGUGCAGCAGCAACAGCUCACUCACUUCAAGAAGCUUGACGAGGAGCAGCGGUCGGUCUCCUUGGCACACCCCUCCCAAUCCUUCACAGGCGUAGCUGAAAGGCUCGGAUUCCAGCGCGACAGCAUUGUCGGACCAGAAGAGAUCGCUCUGGCCAAGCAAGCUUACAUUGAGGCAAGACGUAUCAUCGGCGAACAGAGCAAGCACCUAGACCACCUCGGAAGAGAAGAAAGAAUGCUACUAACGGCGCUCUUCAAUGCUCGUAGUCAAUACUUCAAAGAGAUCCAGGUGCUGUCCGACACAGUGCGUGAUCCUAUCUUUUACGAUCUCGAGAAGACGAUCAAGGCGACGCAGAAAGAGGAAAUCGAGGCUGUCUCGAAGGUCGAAGAUCUCGAGAGGCGGUUGCGGUACCUCUUGCAUCUGCAAAUGGUGCAAUCGACGGACAAGCUGGACCAGGCAGCCAAGACUUGCAACAUCUGCACCGACCCGAUUGAGAUUGGCAUCCUCACCAACAAGUGCGGUCAUGUCUGCUGCGAGAACUGCUGGAAGGAAUGGCAAUCGCAAGGCCAUCGAACGUGUGUCAUGUGCCAGACGCGGGUCUUGCCAACCGAGGUGCAUCGCAUCAUCUAUUCGAGCGCUGAUGCGACGACUCGCCACGGAACCGUUGCAUCUGCGGCGGAGGGCCAAGGUGUUCCUGACUCGGUCGAUGGGAGCUACAACAGUGCAAAUCCAUUGGCGGUGCGUUACAACGAGCUCGACGACUCGCUGCGAUCUACUCUCAAUCGAUUCGCCAUUGAAGGACGAUAUGGCUCCAAGAUUGACCACGUCAGCAAGCACGUCCGACACAUCAUUAACCGGACUGGCGAGAAGUCGCUCAUCUUUUCGUCGUUCCAACGAGGAUUGGAUUUCGUGGCACAGUCGCUAACAGCCAACGGCAUCCGCUAUGUGCGAUUGACAGGCGCUGGUAAGAUGGGCAGCGUGGCGGCCAAGGACUUCCGGAGCGAUCCCAACAUCCACGUGAUGCUUCUACACUCGGAAGUGCAGAGCUCCGGUCUCAACCUGGUAGCUGCCUCGCACAUUCACAUUCUCGAGCCAUUCCUAGAUACGAACAAAGAGCUGCAAGCCAUUGGCCGAGUGCAUCGUAUUGGGCAGACCAGAGAGACCAACGUCUGGUGCUACUACGUCAAGGAUACCGUGGAAGAAAGGAUCCUGGCGCUUUCGGCGUACAAGGGCCACAGCUUGUAUCUCAGAGGACGGCAUACGAGCUCGACCGAGGGACUGAUUGACGUUGCCUUUUCAUCGAGCGGCCCUGCGUCCGGCCAGUCGCGACAGGCUGCAAGCAGGGUAACGGCGUCAGGAAGAGCUAAAGGCAAGGGCGCUGCAGGGGCCAUGCGAGGCGACAUGACGAGCAACAGCAAUGAGUUGCUGGCUUGCUUCUUUGCUCGAUACUUGCCGCUGCAAGGGCAAAUGCCGAGCGUGCCAGCAGGUGCGACGACGAGUGGAAUGGCCAGUCGGAGCAACGCCAUUGCGAGCGCCGCUUCAACAAGGGAGCAAACAGCAACAGUGCCAGAAGGGAGCCGCAGCAGAGACGUUGUUGAGGAAGAUGAGCUCACGAAGCUCCGCAGAGCACGCUUGGCUGCUUUGGAGCAGCGUCAGUCGACCAAUCUGCUUUGA